UAUGAUGCUACCCCAGAGCGUUCGGCGCGCUGCUCUAUUCGCGAGUCAAUUGAGAAUUAACCAGAAGUGACGUAAAUAAAGAUUUUACCUUUGGUUUUAACAAAUAAAAGUUUGGUAUUAAUUUGGUUUACAGAAGAAAUAACGCAAAAAUGGGUCGUCGUUCCAUCAACACCACGAAAAGUGGGAAAUACAUGAAUCCCACGGAUCAAGCGAGGAAAGAGGCACGUAAGAAGGAAUUAAAAAAGAAUAAGAAGCAGCGACAGUUAGUAAGAGCUGCUGUACUGAAAGGCAAGGAUCCAGCACAGAUCAUUGAAGAAAUGGAGAAGAUUGAUCAGAUGGAAUACAACGUAAUGCAGCCACCACCCUUAAACGAGAAAGUAUUAAAGGAUAAACGAAAGAAACUUAAGGAGACUUUAGAUCGUGUAUUAAAAAUGUAUGCAAAGGAUGAUCAGGAGAAGUGGGCAGAAUUGAAAGAGCAAUUGAUACAGUACGAACGUAGACGGAUAGACCUGGUCUCAUACUUUGAAGCUGUGCGACACGCGCAGCAAGUACAAGUUGAUGAGAUUCCAUUGCCAUCUGCAGCUAAUGACAUAUCCAGGAUAUAUCCAGGAUCCUUAACGUCACAGAUUCCACUACCGGACAUGCCGCAACCACCUGCACACAUGUACCCGCCUCAUCCUCACUACAUAUCGCAGCAUCAUCCGUUGGUGAACAUCCCAAUACCACCAAGCAUCUUAAAGAAAACCAGUGCGUAUGCGACGUCUCCAUCUGUGCCUACGUUAGCACCCAACAAAGAGCCACCUGGUGUGCCACCAUUUCCGCCCCCCGAAUUGUCGAGCGAUGAUGAAGACACAGUUGAAAGUGUCAAGGAUCCACCAGCAAAGUCGAGAACCAUACGAUUCGCUGACGACAAGGAGGACGGCAAACAGGAAUCGGAGAAUAAGGAGAAAGAGGAGAAGGAGAAAGAGAAGGACAGGGACAUGGCGAAGGUCAAGCCGACGACGUUGCAACAGAAGAUGUUGGCGAUGGCUGGCCAGGAUAUCGAUCAGUUCAUGCGAGAGAUGGAAGUGGUCCAUAAAAAACGAGAGACUGAGCGUGCCCAGGAUCUUAACGCGCGGUUGUCACUGCUCGAGGCGGAGAACGAGCCCAAGUCGAGCAACAACAAGUCCAGUAACAAGGCCGAUGACGAAGAGCUGGAACCACCCGGGGCGUCGGAUCACCUCUCCGGACACGGUCUGCACGCGUCUCAUCCUCAUGCGCAGCACACGCAGCAGCAGCACGCAAUGCCGUCGAUGGGCAUGCCACCUCCACCGUUACUCUAUCGACCACCUCCGCCGCCGCUACAUCUCAGGAUGCCACCGCCACCACCACCGCGCAUCGGGCUUCGACUACCGCCUGGUCCGCCACCUGGAAUGCCGAGGAUAUUGAGGCCCGGACCACCGAGCAUACCCAGGAUGCCGCCGCCGCAGAUGCAGAUGUCGAAUAUGUCAAAUAUAUCAAAUUCUCAGAUGCAAACGCAGUCUGGAACAACGGCGCAACCGAAAACGCCCAACGUGCUCUCCGCCGCGCCGCAGCUAAUUAACCGGAAGGACAAGGAGGGAAAAAGCACUACCACUAUCGAGGCGAAGCCGCAAAUCAGAAAUCUGGCCGCUGACGUUACCAGAUUCUUGCCGACGUCCCUGCGCGUAAAGAGAGACGACAAGAAGAGAGAGAAAUUCAGUAAUAUCUCCAGAAUCACGGAAAGAUUGCCCGAGGCGCAACCACUUAGGACUGCACAGCAACCUAAGACGAAAGACGACGCGUACAUGCAAUUUAUGCAGGAAAUGGAAGGGUUGCUCUGAACUCCAAAAAAUGUCUUAUUUAAUUCAUAUGUCUUGUACUAUAUACAAUGCGAUUGAGAACGCGUUAUCUAUCAUUUACUAUCAUUUGAUCAAAUUGAUAUCUAACAUGCUGAAUGACAUUAAAAUAAGUUUAGGAAUUUAA